GCCGGCUCCACAUUACCGGCGACGGGCGGGAAAGGGAAGUCGCACUGCCGCCGCCGCUGAAGGAUGCCAGGCGGAAAACACGCCAAUAUGAUGGCCUGGGCGCCCGAGGAAGACCAAGUCAUCCUCGACAUGGUGCAGCAGGAGGGACCAAAAUGGUCGCGCAUCGUCCAGCAGCUUCCCGGUCGUACGGUCUCAUCCGUCCGCAACCGCUGGCAGCGGAUCGAAAAGGGGCGGAAGCUGCGCGAGGCUGGGAUAGAGUCCAAGAAUCGGUGCCACGCGUGCGGCGAGCCGAAGCGCGGGCACAUCUGCUACCAGAAGCUGCGCGGCGGUCCUCAGGUAGAGUUGCGCUCGCCGGCGCCGAUGGGCAUCGGCGGGGUGAGACGCGUCAACCCCGAGGCCUUGCGCCACAUGUACCCGCAGAUGGGGCAGCCGAUGGGAGGCCCCCUCCCCACAGUAGUCACCGGCGUCACCACUAACGCCUUCCCUGCCGUGGGACCGAUCGGGGGCCUUGUUCCGCCGCCGCUUCGGAGGACGCGUUCCCAGGAGCGCAUCUACCUCGAGCAGCAAGGGUACUUCCCGCAGCCGCAGCCAGCCGGACGAGGACAGCACUACUACAGCGGCGGCUCCUCGCUCUUUCCGCCCGCGCAGCCGUUCGCCGCGCAGGCGGGCGCAGAGGUUGGCGGCAGCAGCAGCGGGCUCCAGCCCCCGCCUGUCGACGUCUCUCACCGCGCGCCCCAGCCCCGCCCGUCGCUCGAGCGAUCGAACACCUCCUUCUUCGCCACCCUCGGCCAAGACGAGGCUUGGUCGCCGAGCACGCGCGAGCUCUUCGAGUCGUGGGCAGACUCGCCGCGCGGGACGACGCUGCCAGCCGCCCUCGCGCAGCAGCUCUCCACCCUCGCCGCCAACCCCGACGCCCCGCCCGGCCUCAAGCGAGCCGCCUCGGGCCAGGGGGACGGGAGGCCGCUCAAGGUCACUCGCUCCGUCUCGGGCUACCUGGCGCAGGGAGGGCUCGGCGCCGGCCUGCCGCCGCUCACUUCCUUCCCCGGCCCGCCGCCGGCACCGUCCGAGGAGAUGGUGCCUGGCGGGUCACCCGUGCCUGCGGCGGCAGCCCUCCCCUUCGGGCUGCCGAGGCCGCCCUCGAUGACUGCCGACGAGCUGCAGCUCGACCUCGCCGCUUGCGGCGCGGGGGCGGUGGUGGGCGACUGA